AUGGUACCCAGUUUUGGAAUGGCUAAAUCGUCAGCAUUAAAAGUUCUGAAAUUGAGUGAACGACGAUCAGAAAUUAAUCCAAAUGACGAAAGCGGUCUUAUAUUGCCUCAAGUGCUUGGAAACAUUGAAUUUAAGAACGUACAUUUUUCAUAUCAAGCUGGACCAGAUUCAGAAGUAUUCGACAACUUUUCUCUUAAGUGUGUUGCUGGCGGUAUAACUGUACUAGUUGGUCCUCCGGAAAGUGGUAAAUCAACGGCAAUAGCCUUGCUUCAACGUUUUUACGAUCCAGUAAAAGGCUCUGUAUCACUGGACGGUCACGAUUUAAAAACUCUUAAUAUUCAAUGGCUUCGAUCACUAAUCGGUGUUGUUCAACAAGAGCCUGUUCUAUUUAAUACCUCAGUUCGUGAAAAUAUUGCUUAUGGUGACAAUAGCAGAUUCGUUCCACAAGAGGAAAUCGAAGCAUCUGCUAAACGGUCAAAUAUUCAUGACUUUAUUAAAUCAUUACCACAAGGCUACGACACUUCAUGUGGAACAAUGGAAAACCAGUUCAGUAGUGGACAAAAACAGAGAAUUGCCCUUGCCAGAGCAUUAUUAAGAAAUCCAAAGAUUCUUUUGUUAGAUGAAGCUACCUCCGCAUUGGAUAAGAAAACUGAGCAGAUUGUGCAAGAUGGUCUUCAUAAAGCACUUAGUGGAACAACCUGUUUAACUAUAGCACAUCGUUUAAGUACGAUCCAGACUAGCGACAAAAUUGUCGUUGUUCAUCGUGGGAAAGUGACAGAAGAGUCUGAAAUGUCAGCGACAAAAUUGGAUCCAAACGACAUCUUUGAAAUCCAUGGUUCGAUACCUAUGGCCGUUUUUCCUGAAGCCUAG